AUGCUGUACGAGGAUCCAGAUUUCUUGAGGAAUGUGUGGUUCUUCGACGAAAGUCACAUUCACUUGGACGGCUACAACAAUCGCCAGACAACACGCUUCCUUGGUUUUGAGCGGAGAAAUAAACUCACAGAUGACAACAAGCGCCACACCACCUCACAUCAGACCAUACCACACUACACCACACCAUAUUACACUACACCACUCCGCGCCACACCACAUCACACCACACCACAUCACACCACAUCACACCACACAAUAUUACACUACACCACUCCGCGCCACACCACAUCACAUCACACCACACCACGUAGUGCCACACCACAUCACAUCAGACCAUACCACACUACACAUCACACCACACCAUAUUACACCACACCACAUAGCGCCACACCACAUCACACCACACAAUAUUACACUACACCACUCCGCGCCAUAACACAUCACACCACACCACAUAGUGCCACAUCACAUCACACCACACCACGUAGUACCACACCACAUCACAUCACACCAUACCACACUACACAUCACACCACACCAUAUUACACCACACCACACCAUAUUACACUACACCACAUAGCGCCACACCACAUCACAUCACACCACACAAUAUUACACUACACCACUCCGCGCCAUACAUCACGUGACGUGCGUUAA